CCCCCACCCCCGGCCGAGAGCCUGAUUUUGCAGUCGCCCUUCCUCUGAGACGGUAGUGACGCGUAUUGCUGGAGGAUGGCGGACUCCGGCCUGCGCCGCGUGGUUCCCAGCGACUUGUUCCCGCUGGUGCUCGGCUUUCUGCGCGAUAACCAACUCUCGGAGGUGGCCAAUAAGUUCGCCAAGGCGACAGGCGCUACGCAGCAGGAUGCCAAUGCCUCCUCCCUCCUGGACAUCUAUAGCUUCUGGCUCAACAGGUCCACUAAAGCCCCCAAGCGGAAGUUACAGGCAAAUGGACCAGUGACUAAGAAGGCCAAGAAAAGCAGCUCAUCCAGUGAUAGCAGCGAGGACAGCAGCGAGGAGGAAGAGGAAGCACGAGGACCUCCAUCUAAGAAGUCUGCUGUAUCUGUACUUGCUGAGCGAGCCAUUCCACCUCAGCGGCCUGGAAAGACUGUGGCCAAAGCUUCAGAGAGCAGUAGCAGUGAAGAAUCCAGUGAUGAUGAGGAGGAGGACAAAAAGAAAAACACUGUCCAGCAGAAGGGAGUCAAACCCCAAGCCAAGGCAGCCAGAGCUCCUCCUCAGAAGGCCAAAAAGUCUGAGUCCGAGUCUGAGUCUGAAUCAAGUUCAGAGGACGAGGUACCAAAGAACCAGAAGCCAAAGACAACACCUACAGCAGCAAAAGCUCAGUCGAAAGCCAGGGCCAAACCAGGUACACCAGCUCGAACAGCACCUAAGGUGGCCAAUGGCAAAGGCGGAGGCGGCAGCAGCAGCAGCAGCAGCAGCAGCAGCAGCGAAGAUUCAGAGGAGGAGACAGCAGGAGCCAUCCCUAAGAUGGCUACACCUAAAAAGCAAGCCAUGGCCAAAGCCCCUGUAAAAGCACCUGUUGUUCCGACUCAGGAGAGUUCUAGUAGUGAAGAGUCCUCCAGUGAGGAGGAAGAGGAGCAGAAAAAGCCUGUGAAGAAAAAACCAGGUCCCUACAGUUCUGUUCCCCCACCUGCUCCCCCACCAAAGAAGCCUCUGGGAGCCCCAUCUUUUAAGAAAGCUGUGGAGAAGAAACAUCCCAAGGAAAGCAGUGAAGACAGCAGUGAUGAGUCUGAUUCCAGCUCUGAGGAAGAGAAGAGACCCCAAGCUAAAGCAGCCAUCUCCAAAGCAGCCACUAAACCAGUUCCAGCAAAGAAGGUAGAGGCGAGCACUUCAGACAGCUCAGACUCUGACAGCUCCGAGGACAAAGCUUCGUCAAAGCCAGCCAGUAGUGCUAAGAAGUCCUUAAGUCGGCCAGCUAUCACUCCUAAGCCAGCUGCAGCCAAGCCCGCAGCUGCCAGUCCCAAGCAACUUGCAGGCAGUGGACAGAAGCCUCUGACCAGGAAGGCCGAUAGCAGCUCUAGUGAGGAAGAGAGCAGUUCCAGUGCAGAGGAGGAGACACAGAAGACUGCGGUUGCCCUGAAGGCUAAGGUGACCGCCAAAGCCACACCAUCUCUGCCUGCCAGACAGGGUGCGCAGAGCGACAGCUCUGACUCGGACAGCUCCAGCAGUGAGGAGGAGGAAGAGAAGCCAUCCAAAUCCCCGGUUAAAAAGAAGCCUGAGAAAGUGGUGGGAGGGGUAGCCUUCUCAAAGGCAGCCUCUGCCAAGAAAGCCAAGGCUGAGAGCAGCAGCAGUUCUUCCUCUGAUGAUUCCAGUGAAGAAGAGAAGAAACCCAAGGGCAAGUCCACUCCACGGCCCCAAACUCCAAAGACCAAUGGCACCUCGGCACCAACUGCUCAGAAUGGGAAGGCCAAUGAGGCCGGUGCUGAGGAGGGAGAGUCAGGGAGCAAAAAGGCAGCAGCAACCUCUGCUAAGCCAGGUUCUGGAAAGAAGCGGAAACAGAGUGGGGCAGUCAAGGAGGCAGAGACUCCGCAAACCAAGAAGAUUAAGCUCCAAACUCCCAACACAUUUCCAAAAAGGAAGAAAGGAGAAAAAAGAGCGUCUUCUCCAUUUCGAAGGGUCAAGGAGGAGGAAAUUGAGGUGGAUUCGCGAGUGGCAGACAACUCCUUUGAUGCCAAGAGAGGUGCAGCCGGAGACUGGGGGGAACGGGCCAAUCAGGUUCUGAAGUUCACCAAGGGCAAGUCCUUCAGGCACGAGAAAACCAAGAAGAAGCGAGGCAGCUACCGAGGAGGCUCCAUCUCCGUCCAGGUCAAUUCCAUCAAGUUUGACAGCGAGUGACAGUGGCUCCCAGGGCACUCGCCUGCCUGCGUAGGCCUGGAUCCCGCUGCUCUGGUGGGCAGGUUCUUUGUGAGGACGGAAGUUUGGAGUCGGUCCUGAGUGUCGUCUCGGGUCCUUUUCUGUGUCCUAGUUUUGUACAGAUUUGUUUUUUUGAGUGUUGAAUAUCAGGGGCAAGGUAAGAAGGGUGUUUUUUAAGGAAAUACAUUUUAGUUCUUCCUUUGUUCUGAGGAAGUCCUCAUACUGCGAAAUUUGUAUAUUUUAUAUUAAAUGAUUUUUCAUUGAUUUCUGUUGUGGUUUUCAGAGGUGAGUUCCCAUGGAUAAAGUCUUGGCUGUUGCUCAAGACAAAAUCAGGAAUCGCAUGUGUGCCCGUUACAGACCACACACGUGCCCCUCCAAGCCCCAGUGUCUGGUUUCUGUGCCGGGCGGCAGCCUCCAGCCGGCAGGGAGGUAACCAACUUUUUGGGGUAAAAUUCACGAUUUUGUGGAGGCAGAGCUCUAAUAUGGUAUGAAUGGGAUGGAUCAGUCUUGUUUUCUGUAAUUUUAUCAUUUUUAUGUUUGUUUGCAAUACACUUGGUUUUAAUUUAAAAGCAAUCUUUUGUACUGUUCAAAAGCAUUUCUUGACAGCUUGGCCCUUACAUUCUGACUGUACUAAGCUGAAGGCUGCCUCUUCCCUUGUUUUUACAUUGUUGAGAACAAAAUAGCACUAAUUUCAUGUGAGAAGUACUUUUUACUUGGUAUUUCUGUCUUGGUAACAAUGGAGACCCAGAAUUAAUCCUAUUCCUACAUGGUUGGAAAUCACUAAUCAAGAGGUGGAGGUGAAGAACUGAUUAAAAAGUCUCAGUUCUCAGCAGAGUAACUGGUUGCAGGGUGAAUUCCCUAUGACCUCUGUCUGUAUGAGCCCUGGGUGGACGGAGAGUCCAGGCCUGACCUGGGACUGCCCCAGUGUUCAUGGGUAUGGGAAGUCUUGAGUGUGUAUUCCACAGGAAAUAUGUGUUAAGCGUGGCUGGCUUUCUGUGUAACCAGGAAGAACAUCUGUUGAUGAUGACAUGGGCAUUUUGGGCUUCAUGGAAAAGGUUCUGUUACAGCACAGUAAUAAACUGGCUGGUCUGUGGUGUGGUGUGAGUCUCAGUGCAGUGAGCCUGUCCACCCCCCCCUUGCUCCACCUCUCUGUGUUUUGGCUGUUUGCUGGGGACUGGCUAGGCGACCUGCUACUAAGGAGCUGAGAGUGGGUUUUGCUUUUUUAAUUCUGAGACUUACUGAGUCACCCAGGCUGGGUUGAAACUUGUGAAGCUCCUCCCUCAGCCUCUGGUGUGGGGGCUUGCAGUUGGGCCACUCACAUGGGGGUUCCUACGUUCACAGAAGGCGGGAUGGGGCUGGUUUGGUCUGGAUGUCCCCUCACAGUGUCACGGGGGCAUGGGUGGGUGAGUCUGAGUGUGAUGUUGGUGAAGGGCGUGUGGUACUAAACUACUGCACGAGGUGAUUGGUUUGGCACUGCCCUGAUCCCCAUAGUCUUAUUGGGACAAAAGGGGCAGAAAGACAUAAGUUCCCUGUUGCUUUGCUACCUUCUGGCCGCCAUAAACUUUUUUCUCUGCCUGCCACCCUGCCUUGGAGUCAGCCAGCUGGACUGCAACCUCUACAAACAGCCAAACAGACCUUUUCCCCUUCAACGUUGGGUGUCAGGUACCUAUUUUGUCUAAGCAGCAUUAAGAAAAGUAACUGAGACAGUGACAAACCUUGUGAUGGACCCAUAGAGCCUAAAAUGCCUAAUAUGUACCCCUUUGCAGAAAUAGUUCGCUAGGAAAAAAGAAGUGGGAGUGGUGGUGCCUGCCUAUAAUCCCUGCGAUUUGAAGCCAGCCUGUCUCAAAAACAAGUCUGACCCCAAGCUUAAAUCAAGGAUCAGUAACCAGCUGAACACGAGAAGCAUGUGGGAAACUUAAAAACACUGACACCCAGGGACCCAUGCCCAGGGUGCUCAGUCUGCAAAGCUCCCUGUGAGUCUGAGUAUAGUGAAAGCUGCUUGUUCUGGAGUUCUGGAAAGAAGUGGAUUGUAGGCUUGAUGGCGAUCAGUUGUCUGGGCCUAAUAUACUGAGGCCCUGGGUUUGGUCCCGGCCCAGAGGUCCACCUCACCCUCACUCCACAGUGGGGUGCUUGUGCUGUCUGCAGAGGGUGUCAGGCACAGUCAGAACCCAGUCCUGCCCCUUGAGAUGCCAAACUCUGCUGUACUGCAGUCCUGAGAGCAGUGCUCUGUCUGCCUGCUGCCUGCAGCCUGUCUUCCUACAACAGUGUCUCUCCCGACCUAACAGCUGCUCGUUCAGAGGGGUUUUAAGCAGUAUGAUGCUGGGGGUUUAAGUCAGCCUUAGCGCUGAGCUGUGUCUCCCACCCUUCUUAUAUUUUAGUUUGAAACUGUCUCAUUAAGUCACUAAGUUGCCCAGUCUGGGUUCAAACUUGUGAUCCUCCUGCCUCAGCCUCC